GCUGUAACUGUAUUGCACCGUGACACCAGCUUUGAGCAGCGGCGGAGCACCAAACCAGGGCGCACCCACAGCAUCUGCACCAACACAACACUGCUUCUCCUCCCUGUAAGACUGGAAGUUGAAGAAAGCGCAAGACCAGUGGGAAUAUACUCUCAGCUGCACACAUUUAAAAAGGGGAAUCGAUUCUGUGAUGACCGUGAGAUUCCACAAGUAAUAUGCGCAACACUGUGGAUUGCCCUAUUUUUUCUCCGCCUUUCUUUUUUCUGCUCAGUUGUGUUUCCUUAUUCAUUGUGCGCCCUAUGAAGAGCAUUAACUAUCCCUCCCUCCAAUCCUAUUGAAAGGGCGCCGAAAAAAACAGAGGGAGAUGAGAGCAGCAAAUCCCUUUUUUAUUCCCCUCGUAGCGCUCAAUAAGAGAAGAAUGUGUUGCCUAUCAGUCACCGAGGGGAUCAAGUCUUCGGGACUGUCCCACGCGUUCAAUGCGCCGUGCAGAGCAUCAUUGAGCGAGACAGAGUGAAGAGGACUGCAGCAGCAGCAGCAGCAUCAUCCUGUCUGGACACUUCACAUCAUUUAGCAACCUGUCUACACUCAAGAUCCACUCAAGUCAAUUAAGGGCUGCCUGCUUCUCUCACCUUUCAACACCUCUCGCUGGACUGUGGCCUGGUGAGUGUAUGCACCUCGCAGCAGGGUCAUUUUGAGCACUAUCGAGAUUGGAUAAAACGUGUUAUUUUUGCCACUUGAGGAGAGGUGCAUUGCUAGAUCUUCAUUUUUUAACAUGUGGAUUUUCUGUUACGCAGAGUUUGGAUAAGUAGUUCUCAUCUUCAUUUGUAAACAGCCUUUAAAUCAGCAUGUAAAAAAGUAAUUCACUGUAAAUUUCCUCUUUGUUUAUGACCUGAAGACAACAUGAGGAGUCUCGCGCUGCUGUUGGGAGUAAAAGCCGCGUGCAUCCUCCUGGUGUCCUCGCUCUCUGGCACAGGGGCCGUCAACAACAGCGGCCGGUGGUGGUGAGUUUUGCCAGAUGCUGCAUGUCAUGCUGCAUUCACUUACGUUUUCAGCAUCCUAACAUUUCAACAAACCUCUGAUUUGGCGCAGAUUUGAACGGGGGAAGACCCUGCGCCACCAUACGAGUUUUAAUUUGUGACCACAGUCUCUGCUGCAUGCUGGAAAUAAUUUGUUAGUUUUGGCACCGUGCGCAACUUCUGUUCACCCUCUGAGAAGAACCAGCGCAUGAUAUUACAGCAACCGCAUGAUAUUCAAGCUCGCAGCUCUUUCGUUUUCCUUCAGAGAAAUUAGUUACAACAGGAUAUUUAAAAAUGAACGACUUAAAUUUUCUAAUAAUUACAGUUUGACCUUCUCUCCGUGGUGGAUUUAAUUCGCCCUGCUUCUCACCGCUUUCCUGACUUUUGGUCUGUGCGGUUUGAACGCGAUACUACAUUUUUCUGAGCAAUAUGGGAUAAAUUAAAUAUGGAUUUAUUACAUAGCUGAAAGGAUUCCCAUCCCAGGUCUUAUCCAGGGUCUUGUUAAUUUAAUACUGUACACCCUCUGUCAAUGCAGCGACCUGCAACUGCCAAUUUUGCAAUACUUUGUUAUAGAAAACAAAAUCAAAUUCGGAUCUGUAUGGUUUUGCGUCAGUGGACACAUUGUCUCGCUUGUUUAAAAACCUAUAAACUGUGGGCUGGGUUUUGUGGACGUAAUGAUUUAACGAAAGAUUUUGUCGGUUUUGUGGUGUGUGAGAUAGACAGAAUACGACCAAAAAAGGCAGGAGUUUCCAAAUAUUUAAAUUGUCAGCUGAAAAAUCAUGAAAACAUUCAGUAAAAGAAGGAGACACCGCGGAGUUUCGGAAUGAGGAAAACACCCAGAAAAGACGGCAUUAUUAUAUUAUUAAGGCCUCACCACUCAACUGUCUGGGUCAGCCCUUCAACAGGCCAAGACUCAUCCGCCUUUCCGGAAGAUAAUGCUGAACAGGAGACACAUCCACUAGACUGUGUGAGAAUAAUAAAAAAAAUAUGGUUGACACAGACCCUCCUCCCCCUUCAAAAAAAAAAAAAAAAAAAAAAAAAGAAUUAAGAAGAAGUAUACAGCUUCUGCAGAAGAGACACAAUAGAAAUGUUCUGCUGUCUUAUUUCAGUAGUAUGAAGCUACAGGAAUUAAAAAAGGACAUCUGCUGUAUUUGAACACACAUAUGAACAAGAAACAAACCUUUACACCUGAAUAUUUUCUCACAUUAUGUGGCAAAUUGAAAACAUAGACAGAGCUGUUAUCUUUUUGAGAUUUAUUCUGCAUAGCUGCUCGUAUAUUUUCCCAUGUUAGGUAAGGUAUGGCUCGAAAAAUGAUAUUUUGAAUUCAAUAAUUUCAACAUACAAGGCAAACUCUAUAGAUGUAAAAGGCUGCUGAUAACCGUCAUAAUAUAUUUUAACUUUUUAUGUGUCUUUUUGAGAGUUUGAUCUUGAAUGUUUUGUUUUGGACCCCAGGAAGAGUCCUUGUUUCUGCAGCAAAUAAAUAAAUAAAUACAUGGAGUAAAGAGAAUAAAUAAAUUUGGGGGGGUUGAACUGCAUCUUUGUGCUCUCUGAUAAAGCAUGAGGUUACUCCUGCUUUUGGGACAGAGAAUCAUGUUUAAGAGAUUAAGGGCAUUUUUCUAUCCACUCAGAGGUGUGACACCACUUUAACCCACAGACAUUACAGCAGAUGUUAAAUAUUAAACAUGAUCUACAGUGUCAUCAUCAUGGAUCUUACACAGCUAAAAAGGUUAAUAAAGAAGUAGAAAAUAAUAAUUUGGUGUAAUUUGCCAAACUGGAAACUCUCUCAACAAUCUUGCAACAUUGUUAACUGUUGAACUUAGUCGAAAACUACACUUGGCCAAGGAACAUCCGUUUAAGAGGGUCACAGAAGGAUCCUCUUAAACUGCCAGAACAAACUUCCAGCUCCUUGACUCUGAUUUCCUUUGUCCUCUCCUUGUGCCAGGGGCAUUGUCAAUGUAGCCUCCUCAUCCAACCUCCUCACCAAUUCCAAGAACGUGCAGUUGGUCCUGGACCCGAGCCUGGCCCUACUGAGCCGACGCCAGCGCCGGCUGAUUCGGCAGAAUCCUGGCAUCUUGCAUGCCAUCGCCGCUGGGCUGCACACCGCCAUAAAAGAGUGCAAGUGGCAGUUUCGCAACCGGCGCUGGAACUGUCCGACCACCCACAGCCCAGCCGUUUUUGGCAAAAUUGUCAACCGUGGUGAGCCUAUCUUGUCUCCCUUACCAGGCAUGAUCAAUUUUGGGCAGAGUGUUAUGGAAUCUCUUGUUAAUAUCUGAAUGGCUUUGUUUGCACACAUUUGAGAAUUUAAGGGAAAUAAUUGGCAAAGUCCAGGGUGCUGGGCAAGGCUCUAAUGUGAAGUUCUGAUGUUGUUCUCCAGGUUGCCGAGAGACAGCAUUUGUAUUUGCCAUUACCAGCGCAGGGGUGACCCAUGCUGUGGCGCGCUCCUGCUCCGAAGGGGCCAUUGAAUCGUGCACAUGCGAUUAUCGGCGCAGAGGUCCUGGAGGGCCAGACUGGCACUGGGGGGGAUGCAGUGACAAUGUGGACUUUGGACGGAUGUUCAGUCGUGAGUUUGUCGACUCCAGUGAGAGAGGCAGAGAUCUACGCUACCUCACAAACCUCCACAACAAUGAGGCUGGAAGAAUGGUGAGAGUUCGACCUGGAUCAGAUCUGGUUUUGACUCUGUCAGGUUUCAUCACUAAUGCAUGUUCUUCCUCUUCACAGACUGUGUCAUCGGAGAUGCGACAGGAGUGUAAGUGUCAUGGCAUGUCUGGCUCCUGCACUGUGCGUACCUGUUGGAUGCGCCUGCCAAGCUUCCGCACAGUUGGAGACUUCCUCAAGGACCGCUUUGAUGGUGCAUCCAGAGUUGUGUACGCCAACAAGGGAAGCAACCGCGCCUCUCACAGAGCUGACCCCCGACAUCUGGAGCCUGAAAACCCAGCCCACAAACCACCCUCUUCUAUGGACCUUGUCUAUUUUGAAAAAUCACCAAACUUUUGCUCCUAUAAUGGCAAAACUGGCACUUUGGGAACUUCUGGGAGAACAUGCAACAGCUCUUCUCCAGGCCUUGAUGGGUGUGAGCUGCUCUGCUGUGGACGAGGGUUUAAGACCCAGACUGAGAGCGUGACUGAACGCUGUCACUGCACCUUCCACUGGUGCUGCCACGUCAGCUGCUUGAACUGCACCAGUACACGAACGUUACACCAGUGUCUAUGAUCACGGCGGACAACUGAGUGAAUGUGUAGUCAAGGAACUUCUUUGCAAAACAGGUAGCUGGCUCAGGAAGCCGUGAGAAAGGAGGUGUUUUGAGGUGUUGGGUAAAAGCUAGAAAGAUUGAAAACGAGUAAACUGACACAGAGAACUCUCUGGCACAAAAAUGUAAUCAGUGUUUUUAAAGAGCGAGGUGGAGAAAAGCACCAAUUUGUAAACAGGGUAUAGAGGGUGUACUGCUUAUGUGCUUGUUCAUUGCCUAUGAUCUUGGACAGCAUUAAGGGGGUAUUGACACAUCACAACCAUCCAUUCAUAAUGAAAUGGCCUCCAUGGCUGUCAUAGAGUUUACACUGUGGAAAAUCAAAAGUAGAGGUGAAGAGAAAACUGAUGCAGUGGAGAAUCAGUUGUUGUAUCGAGGUAGAACAAGAGCUUUCCUCUCCCUCCUCAGAGUGCAGCAACUGGAUACUAAGUCUCACAGAUGUCAUUUUGACCAGAUAGCCACAAACACAUGCUUUAAAGUACAAUGUAGACCUUACAUUUAGAAAAAAGGUGUUUUUUUUUUCUCAUUUGGCGUCUUCUAUAUGAAACUGUGUUAAGUUUCUUUCUCACGUGGAUGUAGCGUCUGAAGACGGCCCAACCACUUAUAAUUUCCUUGCCACAUUUGUUCUAUUAUUUAGAUUUUAGCAGAAAUGAACACUCAUGAACCCCGAUUUGCCAUACUGACUAAGUAACCACAUGCAGGAUGAUCGAUCCUUAAGUUAUAUGGCCAGGACAAACUCCCGCCAAGGAAAACAAAACGGAACAAAUCGUACUGAGGCAAUGUAAUCUGAAUGUAUUUUCCAUACACUGAAUAUCAUGGCACAGCUACAGUACAUGUACUACAUUGUCAAAUGUGAGAAGUCAGUAUUCAAGAAUUCAUGAAAUGUGAUCUGCAGGGUCUCAUAAUGGUCUCAAAGUGAGUGCCAUUCAUUGAAUUAACUUAACAAAACAACACAAAAAACAAAGACACCAAAUUCCAGUUAUUAGCUAAUAGUGUAAGAAUAAAGCCUAGAUAAGUUACUGUAUAUCAGCUAAGAGAACCAAAAUGCUGUAAAUAUGAUGUAAAUGAAUAUAUUUAUAAUGAUGUAAUUUUUGAAUUUGGGGGUUAAUGGACCGGUCAGUGGCUGGAAAAUACUCUAUCAUUGGUGUCAAGCCUGAAAAAGCUUUGAUUUUUUUCCUGCCCUUUUCUGUUUCAAGUGUAAUGUAACCCAAACCCAAACCCGCCUCGUCUCACUUCUUUGCUUGUUUCUUGUACAGACACUUGUGUUCAUGCACUGAAUAUUUACUUUUUUUUUUAUUAGUGUAAAUAUGAAAUAUUUAUUUCUGAAGAUUUUUAUACUGUCAUAGAGAGAUGUAAAAUAAGACAUUUUUUUUAGAUUCAAAUCAGAUUUAGACUCCAGUUGGUUUUGUAUUGUACUAUAGAACAAUAAAGUCUAUAUUUUCAAUUAA